AUCAUCUGGACACUGGGUCUCACUAUCGCCAAAUAUAUUUGGAGAUCGGCUUCGGCUACGGCUUGGCAGACAUUUUUUUCUUUCUACAAUUUUAAAUUAAAUUUAUUAGAAUAAAUGCUUCGAACACACGCGAUCUAAGUACCUUUUGUGUUUAUUAUACCUUACCUACCUAGGUAUAAAAAGAGUACUUACGUAGAUUUUCUUUUAUUAACUGUUUUAUACGAAGAUCUUGAUCUCUCAAAUUAGCAUCCAUUUUACUUCCAGUGAUUAUCAACUAAAUUAAUAAUCCACAAAGUAUUAAAUAACGUUUUUAUGAAAUAUUUAGCACAAAAACAAUACCCUUUAAAUAUCGAUCGUCAGUAACUGUGGCUGACUUACCUAUAUUCUAGCAAGCAGGACUGCCAGAUGUGAAGGGGAAAUCCCCAAUAAAUUGUUGCAUGUGACUGAUGAUGUGAGCAUGUUCGUUUCAUAAUAAAAAUGUUGCCAGGUAACCAAAAAGUCGUAUGUUUUUGUGCGAAUUACGAUCAUAAUCUUUACGAUCGUACAUUAAAAAAUAGACAAAUAAUAGUAUGAGUACGAUUUAAAUCGUAUAUCUGUCAACCCUGCUAGCAAGACAGCGACAAAAUCACGUUGCAUAACAAUGUAGCCCAAGCUUAUAUCUUAUGAAAUAUACGGAAGAGAUACGGACUUAGAAAAAACAGAAAUGUUGUUCUUUGUGGAAGUCAUUGAUGAAAUUCUAUGUAUUUUAGCCCGCAAACUUUCUUCAAACAAAAACAGCGCCAUCUAGUAUCGAGUUCUGUAAUUAUCUCUUUGUUUAUGGAUUUGAAGUAAGACCGCCACGCAUGCAAUACAUUAUGACUGGGGAUUCCCCUAUUCGUCGACGCUGAAUAUGAGGCGACGACAAUCACUGUCAAACGUGUUCACUAUUACUCUGACUCUGGUAACGUGACUUCCUGGUAACGUGUUAGGUAGGAAAAGCAGUAAAAAAGUGCAUAUUAAGGGAGCAGAUUUGAAAUAAUAUUUAUACUUAACAAGAAAUAAUUAAAGGUUCAAUGGGGAGACCUAAAGAUUUACGCAUAUGGGAGCACUACCGUACUUUACCAAACAAGUCUGUUUCUUGCAAGCUUUGUAAUAAGGUCUACAAAUUCAGUAAUGCUGCCAAAAUGCUUCAACAUCUUAUCACUUGUCCAAAAUCUCCAGAAACAUUAAAAGACUCUAUGAAACUUAUAAAAGAUAGCUCGUCCAAAACCAAAAUGUCUGGACUGUCAGAGAUAGAGACAAAUGAUUCUUUUAUAAGCCCCUCGUCGUCUGCUAACACUACAAUAAAUGCUGAGUUUCAAGACACCGAUGAUCAUAUAAAAACAGAAUUAGCGAGAGCUAUAUUUGUAACAGGGACGCCAUUAUCGAUGGUGCAACAUCCUUUAUGGAUACAAUUUUUCGAAAAAUUGCAACCAAAAUUUAAAAUACCUUCACGUAAAGCUUUAGCGACAAAAUACUUAGAUAAAAUAUAUAGAGAAAUGCGUUUUGAGUUAAAUGAGGAACUAAAUGCUUGUAGUUACUUACACCUUCAGUGCGAUGGCUGGUCUAAUUUAAGAAAUGAAGGAAUAAUAAACUUUCUUAUAUCAAAACCUCAACCUGCAUACGUUAAAAGUUUGAAUACAGAAAGUAAUCCUCACACUAGUGAAUACCUUAGCCAAGAAGUUGAAAAAGUAAUGAAAGUGUAUGGAGCAAAUAAGUUUCUUGUACUUAUUGGCGAUAACGCUAGAAAUAUACAAAAGGCAUUCGAAUUAACAAAACUCAAAUAUCCACAUGUUGUUCCUCUCGGUUGCUGUGCACAUAUCCUUAACUUGUUGUGCCAAGAUAUUGUAAAGAUACAAGAAGUAACUGUGUUUAUUAUGCAAGCCAUAAAUAUAAUAAAAACUGUUAAAAGGAGUCAACGAUUAAGUUCCUUGUUGAUAAAAUCAAGGCAGGGUGAAGAUUCUACACAAACACUAAAAUUGCCUUGUGCUACAAGAUGGGGAAGUCAUGUUACUUCGUUAAAAAGUUUGAAAGCAAAUAAGAUAGCUUUGCAAAUAUUAACAGUUAGAGAAGAUGUGGUAAUUUCAAGAGAUAUUAAAGAUUUAAUUCUAAGUGAUGAUUUCUGGACGAAGACAGGGGAAUGUAUAAGUAUUUUGGAACCAGUCACUGAAAGCAUAUUUUACUUAGAGAGCGACCAGAAUCGUUUGCAUCGCACAUACAUUACAUUUAGAGAUGUACAAGCUAAGAUACGUUUUGCAUUAAAUGAGAUUUCGACAUUGAGCGAAGAAAGCAAACAGCAGAUUCUAACAUCAGUAUCUUCAAGAUGCAAUAUGGCAAUGAGGCCAAUACAUUUUGCAGCAUAUAUUCUAGACCCCAGGACUCUAGGAGUCGAACUUACUCAAGAGGAAGAACUUAAGGGUAUGGAGUUUAUCUACAAUUUAAGCCAACACUUAAGUUUGUCAAAUGUAAUGGCAGAUUUGGCGUGUUAUAAAGCUAAAGAAAACUUUUGGGCCAGAGGAUUUGUAUGGAGCUCAUUAGAUAGCAUUGAGCCCCUAAUAUGGUGGAAAGGUAUUUGUGGUUCCACUGAGUUAAGCAAAGUAGCGAUUCGUAUUCUAUCAGCUCCCUGUACUUCGGCAGCCACUGAGCGUUCCUUUAGUAUCCAAGGCUACAUACAUAAUAACAAAAGAAAUCGACUUACAACUGAAAGAACUGAAAAAAUUUCAUUCAUUUGUUAUAACUGGAAUCUUAAACAUAAAGCUGAAUGCGAGGACAUUCAGUUUAAUGAAGAAAAUACCUUAGAAGCUUUCAUUGAGCAAGUAAAUGAACAUAACAGUUUAGACGAAAUAGAGCCUAUCGAACCUAUACAAUUCAUCGCUUGUAAUAACUCUGAAUCUGACAGUGAUUGACUGUAGUUUUACAUUUUACUUUCAUCUCUUUCUUAAUAAACUCAAAAUCAAAUUAAAA